AUAUGCUACGAGUACUUUGUUUAGUAGCACUCCAAAGAUCGUGUCAGUCCAGACGGAUAGCAGGAGUUACCCCUGCAGUGAAACAGUUCUUCAACAGAACCUCUCCUUUUGUGUCAACUCUUUCAUCGCAGCAUACGAGAUGUUUCCAAAACUCUUCUCUUCGUUAUACGCCUGGGAAUGUGCAGAUAGAUUCUGCUGCUUUAGGAAAAGUGGAUGUAAAAAUGAGAUUGUUGUUCACCUGUAAGAAGUGCAACACUCGCAAUGAUAAAUUGAUGUCAAAACUUUCGUACGAAAAAGGUAUUGUGAUAGUAAGAUGUGAUGGCUGUCAAAAUUUGCAUUUGAUCGCAGACAAUUUAGAUUGGUUCAAAAAUCCUCAAGGUCGGAACAUUGAAGAAAUACUGGCAUCUAAGGGUGAACAAGUUCAAAGGAAUAGUGAAGUGAUUGAGUUUGACAAUAAAACUUAAAAUGAUCAAGGCAAUCUUUAAUCUUAAUAUGGUGACAGUAAACUUUUUUCAUUUACAGUCAGUUUUGAAUUUAAGAUUCCGAUUAUGUUCCACAGCGGUUACAAAAGAAAAUUUUACUGUUGGUUCAACAGCUUUCCUCGAAAGAAAAAUUACACAAGAAGAUGUGAAACUCUUCAGUGAACUC